UUCAUGCUGGACUCUUACCUGCUGUCAUCCGAGAUAUCGCGAACAUCCCGCAGGCUGCUGUGCUUCCAACGAUGGCCGACCGCGGCGUUGAUCUGGCGGCUCUGCCUAAAGAGGUCAGGGACCAGCUGGCGGAGUUGGAUCUGGAGCUAUCCGAAGGUGACAUUACACAGAAGGGCUAUGAGAAGAAAAGGACCAAACUCCUGGCUCCCUACAUCAUCCACACUCCAGUGGAGCCGCCGCCUCAGAAUGACGUGCAGCCUCCAGCUCCCAGUUCCUCCUCCAGCCACGCCCCUCCCCCCUCCAGCUCAUCCCGGUACCGGGAACGUCGCUCCCGCAGAACACACCGCGGUGGAGGGACCAGGGAUGACCGCUACAGAUCAGAUAUCCAUACUGAGGCAGUACAAGCUGCCCUGGCUAAACAUAAGGAGGAGAAGAUGGCACUGCCCAUGCCAACCAAGCGGCGCUCUACUUACGUCCAGUCUCCUAUUGAAACCCGCACACCACCAGACUCUUCAUCAGGCUCUGAAGAUGAGACAUCUGCGCGCAGGCAGUCAUCAGUGGUCGCUCCCCCGCCUGUCAAUCCCAACCUGCAGAGCCCAGACUCUUGGAUCAACCGCUCCGUCCAGGGAUCCUCCACCUCCUCCUCGGCCUCCUCCACCCUGUCCCACGGGGAGGCCAAACCGCAGCCUCAGAGCCAACACCAUCCACAUGAGCAGCCCCACACCGCAGCUGUGACAGACAUGCUGGCUCACAGCCGCAUUGCCCCCUCAGAGAACAGCGCUCCCCCUCCAGAUGUUACAGCUGGAGCACCUCCAGGCAGAGGCCCGCGGGUGGACCUGCCCUCCAACGCCGUGGUUCGGGGUAUGAGCCGUGGGCAGAGCCGCUCAAGCAUGAUGGAGACUGCGGACGGGGUCCCUGUGAACAGCAGAGUGUCCACUAAGAUCCAGCAGCUUCUCAACACCCUGAAAAGGCCUAAGAGGCCCCCGCUCAGCGAGUUCUUCACCGACGACUCGGAGGAGAUUGUAGAAGUGCCCCAGCCGGACCCAAACACGCCCAAGCCGGAGGGCCGUCAGAUCAUCCCAGUGAAAGGAGAGCCUUUGGGAGUGGUCAGUAACUGGCCCCCAGCCCUGCAGGCAGCAUUGGCCCGCUGGGGGGCCACUCAGGGGAAGAGCCCCGCCCUCACUGCUCUUGACAUCACGGGCAGACCGCUCUAUACACUGACUUAUGGGAAGCUGUGGAGUCGCAGUGUGAAGCUGGCUUACACCCUCCUAAACAAGCUGGGAAACAAGAACGAGCAAAUCCUCAAACCUGGAGACAGGGUUGCGCUGGUGUACCCCAACAGCGACCCCGGGAUGUUCUGGGUGGCCUUCUACGGCUGCCUCCUGGCUGAGGUUAUUCCUGUACCUAUUGAGGUACCACUGUCUCGCAAGGAUGCAGGUAUCAGCCAGGUGGGGUUUCUGCUGGGUAGCUGUGGUGUUGGUCUGGCUCUGACCAGUGAGAUCUGUUUGAAGGGUCUACCCAAGACACCCACAGGGGAAAUACUGCAGUUCAAAGGCUGGCCUCGACUAAAGUGGGUGGUGACAGACUCAAAGUACCUGACCAAGCCCUCCAAAGACUGGCAGCCGCACAUCCCCACCGCCAACACUGACCCUGCAUAUAUAGAGUACAAGGCGAGUAAAGAAGGCACAGUGGUGGGUGUGGCUGUGUCUAAAGUAGCCAUGUUGACCCACUGCCAAGCACUGACCCAGGCCUGCAACUACUGCGAGGGGGAAACUCUAGUGAAUGUCCUGGACUUUAAGAAGGAUAUGGGCCUAUGGCAUGGUGUUCUCACGGCUGUGAUGAACAGGAUACACACUAUCAGUGUUCCCUAUGCAGUAAUGAAGGCUUGUCCACUCUCCUGGGUUCAGAGGGUCCACAUCCACAAAGCUCGUAUAGCUUUGGUGAAGUGCCGUGAUCUCCACUGGGCCAUGAUGGCUCAUCGGGACCAGAGAGACACCAGCCUGGCCUCAUUACGUAUGCUCAUUGUUGCUGAUGGUGCUAAUCCCUGGUCGGUGUCUUCCUGCGAUGCCUUCCUGAACGUGUUUCAGUCCCACGGGCUGAAGCCUGAGGUCAUCUGUCCCUGUGCCACCUCCCCCGAGGCCAUGACAGUAGCUAUACGCAGACCAGGGGUACCCGGUGCACCCCUUCCCGCCCGUGCCAUUCUUUCACUGGGCGGCCUUAGCCACGGCGUCAUCAGGGUCAACACAGAGGACAAGAACUCCGCUCUGACUGUGCAAGAUGUGGGGCAUGUCAUGCCUGGAGCUCUGAUGUGCAUUGUUAGGCCUGAUGGGCCUCCUCAGCUGUGUAAAACAGAUGAGAUAGGAGAGAUAAUAAUCAACUCUCGUGCUGGAGGCAACAUGUACUACGGCCUGCCUGGAGUCACAAAAAACACCUUCGAGGUAAUACCUGUUAACGCUAAUGGAGUUCCCAUUGGAGAGAUUCCAUUUGUGCGCUCGGGACUCCUGGGGUUUGUUGGCCCAGGCAGUCUGAUCUUUGUGGUGGGGAAGAUCGAAGGUCUGCUGAUGGUGAGCGGGCGGAGACACAACGCUGACGACCUGGUGGCCACCGCUCUGGCCGUGGAGCCGGUCAAGACUGUGUACCGUGGCAGGAUCGCUGUGUUUUCAGUCACAGUGUUCUAUGAUGAGAGGGUAGUGAUUGUGGCAGAGCAGAGGCCAGAUGCCAGCGAGGAGGACAGCUUCCAGUGGAUGAGUCGAGUGCUUCAGGCUAUUGACAGCAUCCACCAGGUGGGCCUCUACUGUCUGGCUCUGGUCCCGGCCAACACCUUACCUAAAACACCCCUGGGUGGCAUCCACAUCUCUGACACCAAGCAGUACUUCUUAGAUGGCAACCUGCACCCCUGCAACAUCCUCAUGUGUCCCCAUACAUGUGUCACCAACCUGCCCAAGCCCCGGCAGAAGCAGCCGGUUGGCGUAGGUCCUGCGUCCGUCAUGGUGGGCAACCUGGUGGCAGGGAAGAGGAUUGCCCAGGCCGCAGGCAGGGACCUCGGCAUGAUCGAAGACCAGGAUCUCGUCCGGAAGCAUCAGUAUUUGACAGAGGCUCUACACUGGAGGGCACAGACAGACCCAGACCAUGUCCUCUUUGUUCUUCUUAAUGCUAAGGGUGUAACAGUGAGCACCGCAUCCUGCGUCCAACUUCAUAAGCGGGCAGAGAAGAUCGCUGCGGCGCUCACUGAGAAAGGCAGCAUCAACACUGGAGAGAACGUAGUGCUGCUCUAUCCUCCUGGCAUUGAUUUGAUAGCCGCCUUCUAUGGCUGUCUCUACGCUGGAUGUGUUCCCGUAAACGUCAGACCUCCACACCCUCAGAACCUGGCGGCCACAUUGCCUACUGUCCGCAUGAUUAUUGAUGUCAGUAAAGCUGCGUGUAUCCUUACCACUCAAAACCUCAUGAGGACUCUGCGCUCCAAAGAGGCUGCUGCCUCUGUAAACAUUAAAACGUGGCCAACAAUCAUCGACACAGAUGACCUUCCUCGCCGUCGGCCUCCACAGAUCUAUAAGCCGCCCACGGCAGAGAUGAUAGCUUAUCUGGACUUCAGCGUGUCCACCACAGGCAUGCUCACUGGGGUUAAGAUCUCUCAUGCAGCGGUUAGUGCACUUUGUCGCUCCAUAAAGCUACAGUGUGAACUGUACUCCUCUCGCCAAAUAGCCAUCUGCCUGGAUCCUUACUGUGGUCUGGGCUUUGUCUUGUGGUGCCUCGCAAGUGUUUACUCAGGUCACCAAUCCAUCCUGAUUCCUCCCUUUGAGUUGGAGAGCUGCUCGUCUCUGUGGCUGAGCACACUCAGUCAGUACCGCAUCAGAGACACCUUCUGCUCCUACUCUGUCAUGGAGCUCUGCACUAAAGGGCUGGGCACUCAGACUGAGUUACUCAAGGCUCGUGGUGUGAACCUCUCAUGCGUGCGGAGCUGUGUGGUGAUAGCGGAGGAACGCCCCCGCCUGGCCCUCACACACUCCUUCUCCAAGCUGUUUAAGGAUGUGGGGCUGUCGUCCAGAGCUGUCAGUACUGCUUUUGGCUCCAGGGUGAACUUGGCCGUCUGUCUGCAGGGCACUACUGGUCCUGAUCCAUGUACAGUGUAUGUGGACAUGAAGUCCCUCCGCCAUGACAGAGUGAGGCUGGUGGAGAGAGGAGCACCUCAAAGUCUUCCUCUAAUGGAGUCUGGCAAGAUACUGCCAGGUGUGCGGGUGAUAAUCGUGAAUCCAGAGACCAGAGGCCCACUGGGUGAUUCUCAUCUAGGAGAGGUCUGGGUGAACAGCCCUCACAAUGCCAGUGGCUACUACACCAUCUAUGGAGAGGAGAGUCUUCAGGCCGACCACUUCAACACCAAACUCAGCUUCGGAGACCCGCAGACCUUAUGGGCCAGAACCGGAUACUUGGGUUUUGUGAAGAGGACUGAACUGUUGGAUGCCAGUGGCGAUCGGCAUGAUGCUCUCUUUGUGGUGGGCUCACUGGAUGAGACCUUGGAGCUACGAGGGUUGCGUUACCACCCCAUCGACAUUGAAACCUCAGUGUCCCGGGCUCACCGCAGUAUUGCUGAGAGUGCUGUGUUUACAUGGACCAACCUGCUGGUGGUGGUGUCGGAGCUGUGUGGUUCAGAGCAGGAUGCACUGGACCUGGUGCCUCUGAUAACCAACGUGGUCCUGGAGGAGCACCACCUCAUCGUGGGUGUGGUGGUUAUUGUGGACCCUGGUGUUAUACCCAUCAACUCCAGGGGAGAGAAGCAACGUAUGCACCUACGCGACUCUUUCCUCGCUGACCAGCUGGAUCCCAUCUAUGUUGCUUACAACAUGUGAGGGGCUUGUUUAGCCAUCAUCCACAGUCUGGAUGCUUCUGCACCAUCAUCUAAACAUUUGACUACUGACUUGGCAGAUGAUGAGAAGGAAAAGCAUGAACUACAUAUACUGCUACCCAGCCCCUGUGUGACACCAGCAUAUCUUGGCCACUGCAUGUCUGUGAUUGGAUCUGCCAUGUUUGGAGUUGUUCACUGUGUUUUAUAGAUAGAAUAUUGCAAAUGGGAUUGAAGCAACGUGUUGCUUAUGGCAAAGAAAAAAAAAGUCCCUGUUGCACUUUUUGGGGGAAAGGGGCAAACGACACAUACAACAAGACCACUUUUAAUAUAAAUACUAUAUUAAUGUCUUUGUGAAAAUCCAUCUUCUUAUUCUAUACUUACCACAAACCUCUUAAAAUGCUUUCCCUUAUGUGUCUACACAGAUUCCAAGAGCUACUUAACUUAAAUCAACAACUUGAAAUAUUUUCACAUGCAGCUUUCAAACUAAUGCACACAAAUGCAUGUGCUGAGACCUUGUCAUUUCUCACUAACAUGGAUGAAUAAGAGGGCACAUGAAAGCAAACCUUGAAACUAGUAGCUAGUCUCAGUCAGUGUACAUUAUUUAAAAUGCUUAUUUUGUCCCAUGAUAAUGAAGCCAAAUAGAUUUUUCUGCCCUCAUAUAUAUUUCCUGCCUUAUAAAACUUCAGCCAUACAUUCCUAUCUUAAUUUUUAAUGAAUCCGUUAUUGAUGGCUGUUUAUUCUCGUUUGGUUUUGACUAGUAAUGGAAAUCCCGACAGAUAUCCAAAGGGUUUAAAGUAAAAGAGGAAAGGGGCCAUAUUCUGUACUGUAUCUAUAAAGGCCUCCUUGUAUUUUAGAUACUGUAUGUUUCUGUAUAGAUAUUUUUAAUUGUAUAAAUGUAUAAAUGCUUGACUCAUCUCUCUCAGUCGAUGGUUUCUGGAUAGUUAAAAUGGGAGAUUACAAUAGUAGCAGAAAGACAAUUGUAAAUAAGACUGGACAGUAAUUUUGAGGUGGAAUAUUAGUUGUAUAAUGGAGGGUAAAAAUGAAUAACUUUAAAGCAUUGUUAGUCAGAAUAGAUAUAACAUUGCACUUUCUCUAAAAUUGUCUAUUUUAUUAUAACAAUGAGGCAUUAUGACGAAUGGUACAGGAGCAUAUAUUAUUCUUGGGAAUCUUGCUUGAGGGUAUUUGAGAGUUUACCAGGAGGGCUAUCACUGUUAAUACCAGGGAAAAAAAACAUGGUGUGAUGAGAAAGCUAAAACCAAUAUCAUGACUGUUUUCAGGCUACCAGGUUAUUUUAACGUAAAAAAAAAAGAAAAUAGGCCCCCAUCUGUUCAUC